CACUUAAAAGAAUGGAUGAUGAUGAUUUUGGUGGUUUUGAGGCUGCAGAGAUUUUUGAUGGUGGAAAUGGUGAAACCCAAACUACAUCUCCUGCCAUUCCUUGGGCUGCUUUUCCUACAGUAUCUGGAGUCCAUCUUUCUCCAGCCUCUCCUGAGAUUGUAUUGGACCAUGACCACACUUCUCCUUCAGUUGGCUGCCUCUCUUCUGAGCCCAUCAUUUCAUCACCAGAGAAUACACAUGCAGACAACAGCAUUGUCAGUCAAACUUUUCCUAAAGCACAGAUUCAGCAAUCAACACACACUCAUCUGGAUAUCUCACUUUUUCCGUUGGGUUUAACUGAGGAGAAAAGUAAUGGAACAAUUGCUCUUGUGGAUGAUUCUGAGGAUCCUGGAGCCAAUGUAUCAAACAUACAGCUUCAGCAGAAAAUUUCAAGUCUGGAGAUGAAACUCAAAGUCUCUGAAGAAGAAAAACAGAGAAUUAAAAAGGAUGUGGAAUCAUUGAUGGAAAAACAUAGUGUCUUGGAAAAAGAUUUCCUUAAAGAAAAAGAGCAAGAGGCCAUUUCUUUUCAAGAUAGAUACAAAGAACUUCAGGAAAAACAUAAACAAGAAUUGGAAGACAUGAGGAAAGCUGGUCAUGAAGCCCUCAGCAUUAUUGUGGAUGAAUAUAAGGUAGUGGCACUACUGCAGUCUUCAGUUAAGCAACAAGUAGAAGCUAUUGAAAAACAGUACAUUUCUGCAAUAGAGAAACAAGCACACAAGUGUGAGGAGUUGUUAAAUACCCAGCAUCAGAGGCUCCUUGAAAUGCUUGCCACAGAGAAGGAACUGUUAAAAGAAAAAAUAAAGGAAGCUUUGACUCAGCAAUCUCAAGAACAGAAGGAAAUAUUGGAAAAAUGUUUGGAAGAAGAAAGGCAAAGAAAUAAAGAAGCAUUAGUAUCUGCUGCAAAGCUUGAGAAAGAAGCUCUCAAGGAUGCAGUUUUAAAAGGUAUAGAAGAAGAAAGAAAAAAUUUGGAAAAAGCCCAUGCAGAAGAAAGAGAGCUAUGGAAGAGUGAGCAUGCAAAAGAUCAAGAGAAAGUAUCUCAGGCAAUUCAAAGAGCUAUACAAGAGCAAAGAGAAAUUAGUCAGGAAACUGUUAAGGCAGCAAUAAUAGAAGAGCAAAAGCGAAGUGAAAAGGCUGUGGAAGAGGCAGUGAAGAGAACAAGAGACGAAUUGAUAGAGUAUGUAAAGGAACAGAAAAGGUCUGCUGCAUUCCUGUCUGCUGUGAAGAGUGGUGACAAAUACUAAUCUGAACUAGACCACAGUCGCAUGAAGUCAGAUGGAGGACUUGGCCUUGUAUCAAACCUUAAAGCAGGGGGAAGGGUGGAAAUGCUGUCUUGUAAAUAGCAAGCCACCCAGUGCGUAAGCCCUGAAAACAUGUAAAUAACACUACAUCUCAUAUGCUUUAUUUCUCAAUUUUGUCAUGCUACCUUUGCCAGCUAGUUUAACUGAGUACGAUUUGCAGUGUUAUUUUAUUGAACAUUUUUUGACAAUUUGAGUACAGCUCUGAAUGUAGUAUUAAAUCCUCUUCUGGCUCAGCAGAUUGCAAAAUUGCACGCUCUGUCUACACAUCAAAUCCUAGGUCUGGAGGGGAAUUCAGACUUGACCUAGUCCAGCACAUCCAGAAAACACUGCAUUUGAGCUCUCUCAUAGCAGAUGGUAUUUCAAGCUAUCCUAAAUGACAUCUCUACAAGAAGAUUAAUUAUAUUAUUACAGACUUUCACACAAAGGUUAAAAUUAAGCUUGGCUUCCAUUUCUUAUAAAUUCAUACAAUUUUUUCUUCUUGUUCAAGGAUCUCUAGCCAACUCCAAUGGCUGGACCAGUAAGUUUAAUCACACUUCUGUGACGAGAAGGAAACUAAAUAUCAUAAAUUAUGUUAACAAGUUAGUUCUAAAUUCUUGGUGUCAGCUUUGUGUGUCAGGUUUGGGAUUGGUCAAUUUUUUUAAUCCAUCAGGGAUCCAGUGUUGCAGAAGUCCCAAAGAAAAGCUAUUCUGAAGAAUUCUCAGAGAAUCAACUCAAUUCUGGCAACUCUUUUAUAGAGAUUUUGGAAUGACCAGAAACGACACUGGCACGAUACUUAAAGCUUUGGCCUCACAUGAAUUUAAAUUAUAAUUACAUUAUAACAUUUUCUAAGAAUUCCGUAAGAAAAAAAUUAUAUAGGGUCAAAGGAAGGAAAAAUUGCUUUAAUCAAAGUCCCAAUGAUUGAACAGCCUAUAUUCAGUAACAGAAUGAAGAUUUACCUCAAAACCAUUGGGCCUUCUAUCCUCACAGUUUCUACUGUUAUUUAGAAUUGUUUUGCAGCUAUAAGUUGACAAAGAUAGAUUGCUUUA